ACCCUCGACUUCCGCUUUGUCAUUGUUCUCUUGUACUCUUACCUACACUCGGUUCUGCACCAUGCUCGUCCCCCAACUCGGAUACAACACUUAUGCAGCUUCUGUUAACCACAGUGGUGAUGUAGAGGAUGUCCGCAUCACCAUUGCUAGGCAACUUUCUAUCUUGUCUGGCAUCAAAAAGUUAAUCAUGAAACUCGACAUUACAGGCCAAAUCAACGCCAACGACCCCGAUGUCGAGUCACGAUCAUUGAUGCAAUUGGUUACAGCAAUCCUCACCAGCUCUGAUUCUACUGUACAAUUCUUGCACUUUGAAGGUCUUACUCAUCUGGGCCUGUCCGAAGAUGAGCUGAUCAAGCUCGAGGAGGUCUCGCAUGAGUCGGGCAUGUAUCUUCAAGAUCUGGCCUUUGUCAAGUGCGCGUGGAGAUCGACUGACGAUUUCUUUGCCUGGUUCAAGUUUUUCCCGGCCAUGGAGAAAUUAAUGUAUAGACACAACAUUUGGCUCGAACCUCCAAGAAAUCCUCAAAUAUCUGUACCGGUCUUGGACUACCUAACAUGGCUGGAGGUCUUGGCAUCGAGCGUCGAAGACCUGAUCAUAUUCAAGGGCAUUGUAGACCGUGCACCGUACGUGCGCCACCUGAAACUUUGCUUCACACCUCUCCAAGUCUCUGAAAGACUUGCGGAUGAUGUGAUAUCUAGCAUCAACUUCUUCGAUCUCAGAGACUUAACUGACUUACACCUCCGCCUCCCGUCUCUUGAGUACACCAGUCUCGAAUGGGCAUUCAACGUCCUCGAGCAGUGCAUGCCUGCGGCUCUUCGCAAACACAGUGGCUGGUCUACGGAAGAAGUUUCAGAUAUAUCGUCUGAUUGGGACCACCCCAGUAUACGUGCACUCAAAUUCGACAUAUGGCUACACUCAGCUACUGACCUGGCUACACCAGGAUGGGCCGAGCUCACGCAGGUCAUGUCCACGCUAUGUGGUGGCAGGCUCUCUGAUAAAGAAUGGGGUGUUAGAGAGGUCUCCAUUACUCAACGCGGCACUUUGGCUCUCCAGGAGGCGGCGUACCUCGUGAAUGCCUGCACGCCCUUUGCGGCUGGGUGUAUUCAGGUGGAACUGGGUGACGCGGAAGAACGUGAUUUAGAACCCACAUUGCUAAAUUCCUAGAUCUAUUUUCUGUCUGUUUUAUUUUUACAAUGUGUCCGAUGUAUAUAUGUCCCUCUAAUUGGGUUGAAUAUGCUUCCUUUCAAAAUUUGUUUUAAGCGUAUACUAUGCUUAGGUUACCGCGUUUACAUAGCUCAGUCAAUAGAGCGCGUCACUAGCA